GGUCACAACCCUCUCCCUGCAGUCCCAGAGACACCGAGGCCCGACAGCCCAGAGCCAUGCCUCAUCUCAGGGCCCUGCUACUGCUGCUGGCAACCAGCCUGGCAGUGAGGGGCAACCCUGUACCCAACGUGCCAGAGACCAUCCAAGUGCAGGAGAACUUUGAUGUCUCUCGGAUCUACGGGAAAUGGUACAACUUGGCUGUGGGCUCCACCUGCCCAUGGCUGAAGAAGAUCAAGGACAAGAUGUCCGUGAGCACGUUGGUGCUGGGAGAGGGGGCGACAGAGACCGAGAUCAGCAUGAGCAGCACACGCUGGCGGAAGGGCGUCUGUGAGGAGAUCUCCGGGGCUUACGAGAAAACGGACACCAACGGCAAGUUCCUCUACCACAAGGCCAGAUGGAACAAAACCAUGGAGUCCUAUGUGGUGCACACCAACUAUGAUGAGUAUGCAAUUUUUCUUACCAAGAAAUUCAGCCGCCGCCAUGGCCCCACCAUCACUGCCAAGCUCUAUGGGCGGGAGCCGCAGCUGAGUGAGAACUUCAUGCAGGAGUUCAGGGAGGUGGCACUCGGAGUGGGUAUCCCUGAGGACUCCAUCUUCACAAUGGCCUACAGAGGGGAGUGUGUGCCUGGGCAACAGGAUCCAGAGCCCGUCCUGGUGUUGAGAACCCGCAGGGCUGUGCUCCCCCAGGAAAAUGAAGGCUCUGGGACAGGGCAGCAGGUCACUGAGCUAUACAAGAAGGAAGACUCCUGCCAGCUUGGCUACUCAGAAGGUCCCUGCCUGGGAUUGAUGGAGAGGUAUUUCUACAAUGGCACAUCCAUGGCCUGUGAGACCUUCAAUUACGGUGGCUGCCUGGGCAACGGCAACAAUUUUGUCUCGGAGAAGGAGUGUCUGCAGACAUGCCGGACAGUGGCUGCCUGCAGUCUCCCCAUAGUUUCUGGCCCCUGUCGUGGGUUUUUGAAGCUCUGGGCAUAUGAUUCCACCAAGGGGAAGUGUGUCCCCUUUAUCUAUGGAGGCUGCCAAGGCAACGGCAACAAGUUUUACUCUGAGAAGGAGUGCAAGGAGUACUGUGGCAACCCUGGUGACGGGGAGGAGGAGUUGCUGCCGCUGUCCAACUGACAGUCCAGCCUGGCUGAUGGCCAUGCCUGGACCCUGCGGUGACUCGAGUGACUGAGUCCCAAUAAAAACAAGCCAAAAUCUCCAAAA